AUGGCGGGGCAGCAAAUAUCGGUCCCUCUGAGCCACACCCAUCACCAGCAGAUGAAGCGGCAGCCGCUGAGCCACCUGGUAGUCAAGGCCACGACCGCAGCCACAGCCGGAGGCUCUCUCCUGGUGCUAUCCGGCCUCACUCUGGCCGGCACCGUGGUGGCGCUCACCCUGGCCACCCCGCUGCUGGUGAUCUUCAGCCCUGUGUUGGUGCCGGCGGUGAUAACGGCUUUCCUGGUGGCAUCGGGGUUUGUGGCCUCAGGGGGGUUUGGUGUGGCGGCCAUCAGCGUGCUGACGUGGAUAUACCGCUACGUGACGGGGAAGAAGCCCGCGGGGGCAGAGCAGCUGGACACCGCCAGGGAUAAGGUGACAGGGAAGGCCAGGGAGAUGAAGGACAGGGCAGAACAGUACACCCAUACGGCUACUACUUGA